AUGGCCACCCGCACAGCGCCAUUAUGGAUCAUUUGCUGCGCUUUGAUCAAGAUAGCAGCUACUACACCUGCUGCAGCCUUCCCAUUCAACUCGCAGGUCCCAGCGGUCGCCCGCGUGAACACUCCUUACAACUUCCAGCUUUCAGACUCCACCUUUGCGCCGAGUUCAACGAAUUUCUCCUACAGCCUAUCCAAUCAACCAGCAUGGCUCUCAAUCGACAGUGCAACAAGAACUCUCACAGGAGCGCCAGGUCAAGGAGAUGUUGGGUCCAGCGAAUUCACGUUGACAGCUGCCGAUAGCACUGGAGCAGCUCACAUGGGGUGUACGCUGGUCGUUUCGCAAGAUACCGCACCACAGCUGUCAGGAGAUAUUAGCAAGCAACUGGCUGCUACAGCAAACCUUUCCAGCAGCCAUCCACCGGUGGUCACACUCCUUCCAGCCACAGUCUUCCAGUUCGAUUUUCAACAGGAGUCCUUCAUCGAUAUUGUGCAGAGGAAGCUGUACUACUACGCGACACUCAGCGACCACACCCCGCUACCUUCAUGGCUCAAGUUCGACACUACACUGUUGACCUUCUCAGGAACAGCACCAUCUCUCAGCGCCUUUCCACAAUCAUGGGAGAUCCUUUUAAUCGCUUCCGAUAUCCCGGGGUUCAGUGCUACAACCGCCUCAUUCACGAUUGCCAUCGGUACUGAGCAACUCGCUUUUGUGCCCGAAGAGCAGGAUAUGAACGUCACGGCUGGCAGACACAUCGCGAUACCUUCUCUUCGAGACCAGCUGUUCCGCAACGGGGUCAGAUUGCCAGUCGCAGAGUGGCAAGGUGCGAAGGCUUCCUCGCUGCCUUCAUGGUUAAGCUUCGACAUAUCCACACUCGCGAUCGAGGGCAAUGUGCCAGAAGACGUGAAACAACAGAACUUUACAGUAACAGUCACUGAUCUCUUGGGCAACGUUGCGACGGCCAUCAUCAACCUGAUUCCGAACAAUACAACUCUCUUCAAUGGACAAAUUGGAAUGAUUGUGGCCGAAGCUGGCGAUACUCUGCGCUACCACUUCGACGAUGCUCUGUUCACUGAAGUCGAUCUUGUUCUGAGUGUCGCACUUCCAGCGGGAUUUGAGUGGCUGCGUUUCGAGCCAGCAACAAGAGAACUUGUUGGCACCGUACCCAGGACCGCAGAACCAGCGACGGUCAAAGCCACUCUGACCGCAAAAUCCAACGAUGGAGAUGAAGAUCAAAGUCAGAUCUUCACAAUCGAUAUCAAAGCCAUCGCGGCGACUAGUCCAACCCAUUCCAGCCUCACCACACGCACGCUCGCAUCAAGCAAACUGCAAAGGGAUGUCGAGAAGAGCGCGGGCAUCGAUGAAGAGACAGAAGCAGCAGCUUCACUAUCACAGACGGCAGAGCAUCCACCACAAAUAACGCUGAACUCCCUGGAUUUGCCCUCUCAUCCAGCGAAUCGCAGAUCUAGGUGGUCGAAGCGAUUCUCACGCAUGAGUUACGCAUCCUCGAUCGACCCCAAGCGUAAGAGCAUUCGCAUGGUGCAGCGUAGCGACAGUGUCGCAGACAACAGACCCGUGGACGUCAAGCGACAGUCAUUCAUCCACAACCGAGCGACCGCCGUGAAGGAUAGAUCCCGUGCGAGCGUGCAGAGCCCGCUCUUUGCUCAUGGGUCUCGAGCAUCCUCGCUUCAUACAAGGCAGCCCAGUCGCUCUGCGAACAGGUCCUCUGCCGGUAGCCUCAGACGCACGAGACGAUCGAAGAAUGGCAAGAGUAUGCUGACCACCUACUCCGAGUCCUCCUCCCUCGAGCCUCAACCUUUGGACCCACGAAGGUCGAAUACUCGCAAAUCUAAAAGACUAAGCCAAAGGGUCAAGUCUACCUUUGCGCCCAACUUUCCGCGGGUCAUGAGUCAAUCCAUCAUGAUCACUCCAGAUGACGAUGGGGAGUAUACCACGACGGAGUCGUCGAUGAACAGCAACGACUGGAUCGAAGACGAGAGACCUGACUGGCUCAAAGAUGCGCAUAAGCCCCGACACGAGAGAGAUUGGGUGCUAACGCACGAGGCAUCACCCACGCCCCCACCGGUACGACCAGAGUCCCAGCCGCCAUCCAGGUCGAGGCUGAGUACAUCUCCAGCGGAAUCGGGAGCACUGAGGCCAGCGUGGAAAGACCGCUUGCAGGAGAUGUCGUCCUCUCCACUAGCGUCCAACGUCCAAGUGAUCGAACCUUCGUCUGUGUCACCAAAUCGAAAGACAGGUAAUCAUCACCACAACAGGCUGAGCGAGCCCAUCGACCUGGUCAGCGCAGACAGCAUGCACAAGGCAAGGCCGCGACUAGCGCAGACCAAGUCAAGACGCCCUGUCAGCGUGGAGGGUGCCGGGCUGGCUCCUCGAGCGACGAGCGGCCGUGCAGGCACACAGAAGUCUGAUAUGAGCGGCCCAGCUUUUCUAUAA